AGAAAAAGGUAGUGAUAUUUUUCUUCAUCCAAUCAAUAGAUAGUAUUGUAAAUUCCACCUCCAGCUACUUAAUAUUCUCUUUAAAUUUUUGGAAAAACAUAGUAAUUACAAAUUAUACUAGUUGUAUUUCCUCCAUUUGUUCCUUUAAUAAUCAAAAUUUACGAUAUUUGAAGAAUUAAAACCAGGUUUACUCUGAGCUAAAUAUUUAGAUGCCCUUUUAAAGCUCAUCUGCAAAACUAGAAUUAAAGUAGAUAACAUAUAUAAUUAUAAAGGCCUAAAUUUAUUGAAUCAAAAACAACAUUGACAGAAAUUUAUAUAUAUCGAAAGAUCAGUGUUAUAGGGCAGCAUCUAUUUGUUGAUCAUAAAGGAAUGAAUUUAAAAAUGAAAAUUGAUUAAAUAUAUAUUAUUCUAAUUCUAAUGAAUUAGAUACUAAUUUUAUAUGAUUGUCGAAUAUAAAAUCUAUGA